AAAAUGAGUGUGUAACAGCAAAGAGAGGUCUGUUGGAAUAGUUGGCAAAUGUGUCAGUAAAAAAAUAAAAAAUAAAAAAAAAGCAUGUCAAAGGAGGAAGCUAGCAGGCAAGCCUGGGCUUUACCCAAAAAAAAAAAAAGCAAGUAAGCUUGGGCUUGAAGUGAAGAACCCCUCCAAUCUCCUCUUAAAAAAGAAAUUUCUUUUUUAUUUUAAAAGGACAAAGGAAAUGCAUAAUAUAAGUGUAAGAAAUUAAAAAGAUAGGCAAAUUACCAGAGUAAGGUGUGGAAAGGGAAAGAGAUUAGGUUCUGUAAUAAUUUUCCAACAAGAGCAGUUGCAGUAGUUAGCCAGUCUUUUAAAAUCAUACAUGUCACCUGUUAACUUUGGCAGGUAAGCAAAGUCUCUCUCUUUCUCUCUCUUUGUGCUCGCUUUUCUCUCUCUAGGCUUGUAUCUUUAUUUAUGGUCUGUGAUCUAUAAAAGUUGGAAUUUGAUACUUCUUUUUACUGUUUAUGCAAGUGCCCAAUUGGUGAAAUUUGUUUUCCUUGUCGAAUUUAAGCAAGCAUUUGAUUAUUUGAUGUCCUUGAAGUUAAAAUCAAACUCUCAAUUAAGGGACUGCUAAAACCCUGCCAAUUUCAGUUCAUGCAUAAUUCAAGUAGAAUUUGAUGCUUCUUGGUCUUUUUUUGGAUACCCAUCUGUGAGUAUCUUAAAAGGGUUCCUGCAAUAUCCCUUUUCUUGGUUAUCGGGGGUCUAUUGGUGCUUGGCUCAGACCUUCGACGCUUAGUUAUUCCUCACCGGGACUCCUCUCGGCACCAUUUCUAAAUCUACAUUCACUACUUGAAGCUUCUAGUGAUCCUCCUCAAUUGGGUCGUAGUUGAAGAGAUUCAAGCCUUUACAUCAAUCACAUUGUGGUGUCUGAUCGAGUAGAUGGUGGAUUCCUUAGUUUUGGGAGGUUUGAACUUCUGAAUUCAGGAAAUGAGCGGUCAUGAAAAUGAGGAUGUGGGGUUUCAACAUAGAAGUGAGAGUAUUCUCAAUUGUCCAUCUUCAGGGAUGAGCACAACCCACCUGCCUGAAAAGGUUUCAGGAAUGACAAUGAGCUCAUUGUCCAUAUUUAAACCUUCUAAUGGCGCUGACCCUUUCUUUGCUUCUGCUUGGGAUCCAAUUGUAUCGUUGAGUCAGAGUGAGAAUUUUGGAGAUUCUUCAAUGGUUUCUCACGGUGAACUUUCCAAUCCACCUUACCCUGUUGUGUUGGAAAAUCAGGGAAUGAACAGCACCUCCCACCUUGUUCAGUAUCCAUCCGAUUCAAGUUUUGUUGAGAUGGUGCCUAAACUUCCAUGCUUUGGAAGUGGGAGUUUCUCGGAAAUGGUGGGUUCUUUUGGCUUAGCCGAGUGUUCCGGCAUUGCUAAUACUGGUUGUCCUCCAAAGUAUACCCUGCACAAGGAGAAAGCGACUGAGAGGGCUUCACCAAUUGGUGCACAAUCUCAUGAUGGUCGUGAAACUGAAGACGGUGGUAUAGGUUCAUCAUCCAGUGGGAAGAGAAGAAAACGUGCGCUAGAUUCCAGUUCUCCAUUCAGUCCAAACAAGAAUGCGGAAGGAGAACAACACAAGGAUCUAUCUGGGGAGAGCUCUGAUGUUAUGAAAGAUCAUGAAGAAAAGAAACACAAAGCUGAAGAGAAUACGAGUGGAAACAUCCGCAAUAAGCAGACAGGGAAACAAUCCAAGGACAGUUCUCACAGUGAAGAAGCUCCCAAGGAAAAUUACAUUCAUGUGAGAGCUCGGAGAGGUCAGGCUACAAAUAGUCAUAGCCUUGCAGAAAGGGUAAGAAGAGAAAAGAUUAGUGAGCGGAUGAGAUUGCUUCAAGAACUUGUUCCGGGAUGCAAUAAGAUUACUGGGAAAGCAGUAAUGCUUGAUGAGAUCAUCAACUAUGUGCAGUCGUUGCAACAGCAGGUUGAGUUCUUGUCAAUGAAACUUGCAACUGUCAAUCCUGAACUGAACAUUGAUAUAGAACGAAUUCUAUCCAAAGAUAUUCUUAAUUCACGAGGUGGCAACGGAGCUAUUUUUGGAUUUGGUCCUGGAAUCAACUCUUCUCAACCUUACCAACAUGGAAUCUUUCAGGGAACAUUGCCAACUGUACCCAGUACAUCUCCACAGUAUACUUCUUUGCCUCAGACUGUAUUAGACAAUGAGCUCCAAGGUCUUUUCCAUAUGGGAUUUGAUUCCAGUUCAGCUAUUGACAAUCUGGGGGCAAAUGCAGGGCUCUUGAAACCAGAGCUAUAAUUUUGGAAGAGAUAAUGGUUUUUAUUUCUACCAAACAGAGAAUUUGAAAUUUCCAGUUGACCGAUUUGACUCAAUCAGAAAGAAGGAAAAAAAAAAAAAAAAAAAAGUUAGCGGGGAAAAAAAUAUUUCUUCAGUUGUAUAGACUCUCAUUUCCUAACCGUUCUUCGAAUUUUUAACAGAAGAAGAUGACUUUUUAAAAAUUACAAAUCCUGUAUAUUCAGACAACAAAUUGGAACUUUGAUUGGUGAAGAUGAUUGUUUUUUAUCUUAUUUUAUUGGUGUUGUAGAUUCGGAUUAUGUAUGAAAAGCUUUUGAGGGGUUUUUUUUGAGAUCAAUGAAGGAAAUGAUUUUUGUAAA